AUGGCGAAGUUCGGGGUGGCCAACGAGCUGAGCUCGGUGUUCCAGGUGACCCGGGAUGGCCACUGGGGGCCGAGAAGCAAGGUGGGCAAGGUGCUGGUGACGAUGACGGGCAGCGAAUUCGCGCACUGCAGCGAUGAGCUGCACCAGGUCCUGCGCAAGCACUCGGCGUUCGAUUCGGACGCGCGCAAGUACCGGGGCGCCGGCUGGGUGGCGGCCCUGUACAAGGACUUCGUGGGCGGGUCGUCCAAGUCGGUGGCGCGCCAGCGGCUGAUGCUGACCAACGACAUGAACAUGCACCCCCUGCGGCGCCACCUGACCUACCAGCAGCUGUUUUCCAAAUACGCGGGCGAGCGGCGGCAGGACGGGCCGACCAUCGGGGAGGUGCUGCAGACGUACGCGGAGAGGCGAGUCAUCGUGAUGGACGACCUCGACGCCAUGGGGUGCGAGGUGCUGGAGGGGACGUGGUGCGAGCCGUUGACGCCCGCGGACGUCGAGGCGGCGUUCGACUACCACCAGACCACGACCAGCGUGGGCUGCGCGGCGGGCAGCAUGAAGAACGCCGCGGAGAUGGACGCCUACAUCCAGCUCUACCAGCUGUGCGACGCGUCCGCGCACCCCAGCGAGCCGGCCAUGGUCUGCCGCAAGACGGGCGUGGACGUGGAGUGGGUGGAGAAGGCCCUGCUGGUGGCCUUCGCCGAUCCGGCCAACACGCUGCGCGUGGGAUUCAUCUGGCACCCAGUCAAGACGUCCCCCCGCAGCGCCGGCAAUCCCGUCAAAAUCCUGGCCGAGAUGGCCCCGGAGGCGCGGCGCCGCACGGUGUACGUGGCCCCGCUCGACCUGCUAUACCGGACGACCAGCGCUGGUUACCCGGCGUCAUACCGGCCGGGGUACAGGGGGGAGGCAGACUCGAGGAAGGACAUCCAGUUCAUGUUCAGCUACUCCGUGGCCGCGGACGAGGUGCGCCUGGUGGAGGGGCGGGCGGGCGUGGCGGGCACGCUGUCGGUGAACAUGGUGUCCGGCGCCAGCGCGGGCGCGACAAACAACGUGGUGUUCGUCAACGAGGCCUUCAGGUCGCUGGGGUCCUUCGACACCGAAGGGGCGAAGAAAAGCGACCCCUCCGCCUUCGCCCCCCAGGACAUGAUUCGCAACGAGCUCUGGAUGCCGCAGCCCGACGUGCGCAACAUCACGCACCAAUUCAGCUGA